CUUCUUAAUACUACACCUCGCCUCAAGUACCUAUUAUACACAAGUAGUUUCAUCUUAAUAAUAUGGCCGAUAAACAAGAAUAUGUUGCGGAGGCCGAAGUCGGUAUUGCUGAAUCCAAUGUCUCGGAUACAAUCGCCGAGAACCUGCGCUACGAGGCAGAGCACGAGACAAAGGAGCAAGCGGCUCUUGAUAUCGAGAUGGCUAAAGCCAGGAAGAUGGAGCCUCCUUCUAGGCGCUGGAUCGUCCUCGCAACUGCCACUCUGGGGGCCUUGUUCGUCUCCUUGCAAGGCUCUGCCUUGAUUGUAGCUCUGCCAGAUCUGAUGAAGCAUCUUAAUAUCAAUUUUACUACAAUCAUUUGGGUUCUUUUGACCUACACUUUGGCCAUCACAGCAACUGUACCCUUCCUCGGUUACGUUGGUGAUGCUGGCUUAAAAGGAAUUCGUUGCCGCAUGUUUAAUAUUGGUUUCUUAGUCUUUACUGUGGGGUCUCUUCUCUGUGGCAUUUCUCAAAAGAAGUAUAGUGGAUACGAUCUUCUCGCCUAUCGUGUCAUCCAAGGUCUAGGGGGAGCAUUGUUGUUCGCCAACUGCUUUGCUGUGGUUGCUGACAAAUUCUACCCAUACAACCAAGUCGGUCUUGCCAGUGGUAUUAUCAACAUUGCAUUUGCUGCUGGAACGAUCCUUGGCCCUGUCAUUGGUGGUGCCACUGUCAACGCCAGUUGGAAAUGGGUCUUUUUCUUCAACGUACCCUUUGGGGCUGUUGGAACGAUCGCUGGGUUCUGGUUCUGUCACGACACGAUCUACUCUCAUGUCCAGUACGCGUCCUUCAGCAAGAUUGUCAAAUCCUUUGAUUACACUGGCUUUGUCAGCUUGACUACUAGCAUCUCAUUGUUGUUUGUAGUUGUAGUUAGCGCCUUGUUCCCUAACGGCAAAGUCUCAGAGACAGGCUCUUUAGUCGGCAUGGGCGUUGCGUUUGGCGUCCUCUUUAUUGUCUUUAUAGUUCAACAGGCAUUUGUCCGUGGUGGAAAGCGUUUCAAUGCGCUGACCCCUUCCUUCAUGGAUUUCCGUCUCUUUACAAACUCGGUCUUCAACAACACUGUUGUCCUGGGAGGCCUUGCUGGGGGUGUGGCGAGAACGAAUUUGACAUUCUCCUUUAUCUUCUUUUUCCAAGGCCCAUACAGUAAGGAUCCUUUGAUGGCCGGUAUUCUUUUGAUCCCUUUCGGUUUAGGUAUCAUGCUUGCGGGUAUGCCCUCUGGCAAGUUGGCGGAUACGAUUGGGUUCCGAUAUCUGUGCUUUGCAGGCCUUGCGCUCGCUUCUGUAACCACUCUGAUCAUGCCCUUGGUCAUUCAUCCUGAUACCAAUACUUGGGCUAUCUCCGCCCUCUUGCUCGUCAACGGUCUCGGCUGGGGUCUCUACUCUUCACCAUCUGCCUCGAUCUCGAUGUUGUGUAUUCUUCCCCAACAGCGCGCCUCGUCAUCUUCUCUCCGCAUCAUGUUUACGAUGUUAUCACAAAUGAUUGCUAUUGUGAUCUGUUUCAAGAUCAUUAUUGCAGGUAUGCCGCCAGCAGCCGUGGAGGAGCUAUUCAUCUAUGGAGGUGGUAUUGAUGUUCAAUACCUGGAUUCCUUUAUGCAUGGCUGGAGGAUUGUCUGCUGGAUUACUUUUGCAAUCACACUGGUUUGCUGUGUCUGUGCCUGGGCAUUACCUGUGAGGCCAGUCAUUGCCAUGCCUGAGGAAGAGCCAGGGAAGGAGAAUGCAUCCGAGAUCUCGAGUACUGUUGAACCCAAGUAG